AUGUCCACCGAGCAGACUUUCAUUGCUGUUAAGCCUGAUGGCGUUCAGCGCGGCCUUGUUGGCGACAUCAUCCAGCGUUUCGAGAAGCGUGGCUACAAGCUGGUCGCCCUGAAGAUGGUCUCUCCUUCCAAGGAGCACCUCGAGAAGCACUACGAGGACCUCUCCGACAAGCCUUUCUUCAAGGGCCUUGUCACCUACAUGCUCAGCGGUCCCAUUGUCGCCAUGGUCUGGGAGGGCCGCGAUGCUUGCAAGACCGGCCGCAGCAUCCUCGGCGCUACCAACCCUCUUGCCUCCGCCCCUGGUACCAUCCGUGGUGACUAUGCCAUCGAUGUCGGCCGCAACGUCUGCCACGGCUCGGACGGUGUUGAGAGCGCGAAGAAGGAGAUCGCCCUCUGGUUCAAGCCUGAGGAGGUUCAGUCUUACAAGUCUGCUCAGUUCGAUUGGAUCUAUGAGAAGGCAUAG